CAAGCAACGAAGAAGACCUGCUGGGGAAACGCUACACAUUUGAAUUUGUAUUUUUUAGUGUUUCAUCUAUUUAUACCUCUAUCUUUAACAUAGUUAAUGUAUUUUCAGCUUGAGUCUUUUCACUAGUGAAAGUCUGACAGGUUACCAAGUUAUUCACCGACAUAUGGCGAGAGCCGCUGUCUAAUGUAGCCAUAGAGCUGUGAUAAAGCUGUUAACUAGCUUAGCUGAGGUAAAUCAGAGACCUAUAACAGUUUAUAACAUGGAUGUAUCGUCUGACGAAGCUGACGACUGGUUUAUGGAGUCAUUACACAUGUAUAAAGACUUACAUGUAUUUCAGCUGGAGCAUCCAACAAAAGUAAUCGAGUGGACGAGUGAAAAAAGUGUAUGUGUAGCAGGUUACUCUUCACCAAAGAAUGAAAUUUUAGAGCUGCUGUUGCCUUUAAAGCUGUAUGCUGGAGAUAAGCAGGGCCUGUGUCCAGAGCGAGACUUUAAAGUACAGCAUGGAGGAUUCUGCGAUGAGCCAGUUGAAUGUCUGAGACACAUCUUUGGAAAAAGUAACAGGUGUGUGGUGACAAGUGGGCGUAAUAGUUCUAAACUCCAAGUCUGGGACCUCAGAGAAGAUGACAGUGAUGUUAUCAAGAGGACUGGAGUUAUAAACCUUGAACGCACGUCAGCUGAAGGCAGAAAAAUUGCAUCAGGAUUGACAGAGGAUCCUUCUGUCCUGCAUGGAUCUCAGAUCAAUGAUGUACAGCUAACUGAGUUAGUCUCUGGGAAAGUGCUUUACGCAGUAGGCGCAGAUUCAUUGGACGCAGUGAGUGGUCUGCAGUUUGUAAACGCAAAUGCAUUUGUCAUUUGCGCAAAUAAUGGAACACUGUAUGUUGGAGACACAAGGGAUCCAAGGAUCGAGCAUUAUGCUCUCCAAGAGAGUAUGAACAGAUCACACUGGAUUUUUGGACUAAAAACAAAUCUGCCUCAGUCAGACCUCGCCUCUUGCACUGUCUCAAGGCUCUCUUCCUGUGGGCAGGUGUUACUGUCUGAUUUCCGAAAAAUGAGCAGUCCAGUCAGAGAAGUUCAGCUUAAUCUUCAACACAGUUUUCCCAGCAGUGACUUUAUGACGGUGACGUGGGCUCCUGCUCUGGAUAACUGUCUGUCUGUAUCAGGGUUCGAUGGAACAGUUCUUGUCUUCGACACAACACGUUGGACCACUGACUUGAAAAACCCGGAGCCUAUGUUUGUACACCGUGGUCACAACUUUUCAUGUGAGGCAAAGACUGAUGGUACUCCGCUUGUGGUUACUACUCAUGUGUGGCAUCCAUGGCGACCAAGAACUCUUCUAUCAGCAGCUUCAGAUGGAUCUAUGCAUGUGUGGGAUUGGGUAGACAAAGAUAACAAUAGUCUUUGAUCUUGUGUGUAUGAAAAGUACAAGCAUAUUGUUUGUUUAGCUUUUUAUAAAAAAAUAAAAAGAAGAAGGAGAAGCACUGGCACUAGUCACUGACAAAUAAUGCAAAAAAAAAAAUGCUUGAAUAAACAUUUGAUAUGAAA